AUGACAUCGGGAAAAUGUACAUGCAAAACAAAGCUUAAUAACAAAGUGGUCAUCGUGACUGGCGCAAAUACAGGAAUCGGAUUCGAAACAGCAAAAGAUCUCGCCCGGCGCGAAGCUAAGGUCAUACUCGCUUGCAGAGACCAAGCGAAGGGCAUCAGAGCGAGAGACGAUAUUAUUAAGGCCACCGGCAAUCACAAUGUUGUUUACAAACAUCUAGACCUAGCGUCAUUCAAGUCUGUACGGACUUUUGCUUCACAAAUUCUCGAGACAGAGACCCAUAUCCAUGUCCUUAUUAACAACGCUGGCACUGGGAAACUAGAUAAUUCACUAACCGAAGAUAACCUCCCUGUAGAAAUGCAAAUCAACCAUUUCGGUCCCUUUCUUCUAACGAAAUUGCUUCUACCAAUGAUCAAAACGUCUUCUCCGAGUAGGAUAAUCAACGUGUCCUCCCUGCUGCAUCGAUAUGGCACGAUAGACUUGGAUAAUAUCCACAAACCGGCAAAAAGAUGGCUGCAGCAUUCUCGAGUGUACUCCAACUCCAAGCUGGCUAACGUGCUGUUUACGAAGAGGCUGAGCCGCGACCUGCUGGGCACGGGGGUGACCGUCAACUGCCUGCACCCAGGCGCUGUCAGCACGGAUAUAUUUCGCCACCAACCAGCACUUUCCAGAUUCCUAAUUAGUCUCGUUUUCAAACUACCUGAGGAGGGAGCUCAAACCUCAAUCCACCUAGCCGUAUCGCCGGAACUGUGUGAUGUUACGGGGAAAUACUUUUCAGAUUGCAUUGAAACGGCAUCAUCCUGUCGCUCCGAAGAUAAAGAACUCGCGGACAAGCUGUGGGAGCUUUCCGACAAAAUUACCAAGGAAAAAUAA